AUGAACAUCAACUUCCCCAAUGCUGAGGAGGAGGUCCUCCGUUUCUGGAAGGAAAUCGAUGCAUUCAAAACUCAGUUGCGCCUCACAGAAGGUUGUGCGCGGUUCACUUUCUACGAUGGCCCGCCUUUUGCGACUGGUCUUCCCCAUUACGGACAUUUACUCACGUCCACGAUCAAGGAUAUCAUCCCUCGAUACUGGUCGAUGAAAGGGUUCCACGUCGUUCGCCGCUUUGGGUGGGAUACUCACGGCGUGCCCAUCGAGUAUGAAAUUGACAAGAAGCUAGGAAUGUCGGGAAGAGAUGCAGUCUCCAAGAUAGGCCUUGAGAAAUACAAUGAUGAGUGCAGGGCCAUUGUCAUGACAUACGCCACAGAGUGGAGGCAGACCAUUGAGCGUCUGGGUAGAUGGGUAGACUUCGACAACGAUUACAAGACAAUGGAUGUAACUUUCAUGGAAUCCUGCUGGUGGGCAUUCAAGCAGCUCUUCGACAAGGACCAGGUAUAUCGAGCCUAUCAGAUCAUGCCUUACUCAACGGCGCUGUGCACUCCCUUAAGCCAGAUCGAAGCCAAGCAGAAUGAGAAGAUGACCCAGGAUCCAGCUGUAUUAGUUUCUUUCCCCAUUGUCAGCCAGCCAGACUUUGAGGGAACAUCUCUGGUUAUUCACACAACCACCCCGUGGACACUCCCAUCUAACCUCUUUAUCGCGGCUCACCCCGAGUUAGAAUAUGUUGAAAUUUUGGACGAGCUUUCCGGACGGAAAUACAUACUCCUGGAAAGUGGGAUUGCCGCUCUAUACAAAGAUCCCAAGAGGGCGAAGUUCAGUGUCCACAGCAAGAUGCAUGGAAGAGACAUGAUCGGCUGGAAAUACCUACCGUUAUUCCCAUACUUUUCCAACGACUUCUCCGACUGUUUUCAAGUCAUUGGUGCCGACUACGUGGAAGCGGGUGAGGGGACGGGCCUUGUCCACCAAGCCCCGGCCUUCGGCCAGGAGGACUAUGACGCGGCGAGGGCAGCUGGCUUCAUCUCCCCUCGGCGCCUGCCGCCGUGCCCGGUCAACGAGAAGGGCGAAUUCACAUCAGAAGUCCCGGAAUAUGCGGGUCAGCAUGUGAAGGCGGCAGACAAGGCGAUCCUGAGAGACCUCAGGGCGACAGGGCGCCUCUUGGUCGAAUCGCAUGUCACCCACGUGGAUAAGUUCUGCUGGCGCUCCGACACGCAGCUUAUCCGGCGGGCUGUCUCCUCAUGGUUCAUCAGGGUGGCAGACUCGGUACCGGAGAUACUUCAAGAAUUGGACUCGACCACGUGGGUUCCAUCUUCUGUAAAGGAGAAGCGGUUUGGGAACUGGAUUCUGGGGGCGCAUGACUGGAACGUCUCCAGGAACCGCUACUGGGGGACACCGCUGCCGCUCUGGGUCAGUGAGGACUUCGAGGAGGUUGUCUGCGUGGGAAGCGUCGUGGAGCUGAGGGAGCUCAGUGGGUUCACCGGCCCGCUACGAGAUCUACACAAGGACAAGGUUGACUACAUUACGAUUCCUUCUCGGCAAGGGAAGGGCACGCUCCGAAGGGUUGAUGAAGUUUUUGACUGCUGGUUCGAGUCGGGAUGUAUGCCUUACGCCUCCAACCACUACCCAUUCAAAAACGCCGAUACCUUCGAGACGGGUCUCUUCCCGGCACACUUCAUUGCCGAGGGACUCGAUCAGACCCGUGGCUGGUUCUAUACACUGACUGUCCUCGGGCAUCACUUAUUCAAGCGUCUCCCGUUUCGCAACGUCAUCGUGAACGGGCUAGUCCUGGCAGAAGACGGCAAGAAAAUGUCCAAAAGCCUGAAGAACUACCCAGACCCAAGCAAAAUCAUUCAUUCUUAUGGCUCCGAUGCCCUAAGGUUGUAUCUCAUCAAUUCUCCAGUAGCUCGGGCUGAACCACUGCGAUUCAAGGAAUCCGGCGUGAGGGAGGUUGUCUCCAAGGUCCUGCUCCCUCUGUGGAACAGCUACAGGUUCUUUCACGAACAAGCCAUAUUGUACAAGAAGGCCACCGGCCAGAGCUUCUUGGCAGAGCCACUCCCGGCCGCCACCAGCAUGAGCAACAUCAUGGACCGAUGGAUUCUUGCAGAUGUCCAGAGCAUGUUGCGCUUCAUUGAAGAGGAAAUGCGGUGCUACCGCCUAUACACCGUCGUACCGCGUUUGCUUCAACUAGUCGACAACUUGACCAACUGGUACAUCCGUUUCAACAGAAAGAGACCGAAAGGAGCCGCCGGGCUUGAGGUCGAUGACACGCAACAAGCACUCAAUACUCUCUGCCAUGUUCUAUUCACUCUGGUCAGGGCACUGGCGCCAUUCACACCUUUCAUCACUGAGCACAUCUGCGGAUUGCUCAAACCUUACCUGACCCAACUCUUAUCCGGGUCCCAGGACCCCAGAAGCGUGCAUUUCCUUCCGUACCCUGUCAUACAGGACUCGCUCUUCGACGAGACCAUCGAGAGGAAGGUGGGAACCAUGCAAAACAUCAUCCAGCUGGGCAGAACCGCCAGGGAACGAGCCGGCACACCCCUCAAGACGCCGCUACUCUCUCUGGUGGUAAUUGCAGGCAAAGAGCACCUUUCCGAUGUGGAGUCACUGCAGUCAUACAUCAAGGAGGAGUUGAACGUCCGGGACCUGGUGCUAUCAAGCGACGAGGCGCGCUACAACAUCCAGCUCCAGGCGCGCGUGGACUGGCCAACGCUAGGGAAGAAGCUCAAAAAGGACGUCCAGGUGAUCCGGAGGGCCCUGCCAGGGCUAUCACAGAAGCAACUGCGGCUGUUCCAGAGGGAGGGAAGGAUCACCAUCGAGGGCAUUGAGCUCGAGGGUGCGGACCUGUCCAUCGUCCGCGUCCUCGGGGCAGAUGCGCCCAAGGCCUCCUCUUGUUCCUCGCAUACCACGGGCGAAAGCAAGGGUGUUGCUCCUAAAUACGAAGCCGCGUUUUCGGGCGACGUGGUCAUCCUGCUCGACACGGCACCGCACCCGGAGCUUCUCGACGAGGGUCUGGCGCGAGACAUUGUCAACCGCGUGCAGAGGAUGCGCAAGAAAGCCGGCCUGGACCCGGCUGAGGAUGUUCUUGUCCAAUACGGCGUUGUUGCCAACCCGGACGGGGUCGAGCUGGAUAAGGUGAUAGUGGACCGCCAUGCCUUCCUCGAGGGUGCCCUGCGCGGGAAGAUGAUGUCCCUAAGGGACGACGGUUCACUCGCCAUCUUAGAGGAGGACCACGACAUUGGUGGUCUUAUUUUGAGGUUGAGGCUGGUUAAGAAUUUAAUGCGAUCGGACGGCGGGCAUUCAUGA